ACCAAUAGUUUUCCCAUUAGGUGGGCUGUUCAGUAGCCUGUGCUAAAUGGGUUGGUGGGCUGUCAGUCCAGUUCCCAGUAGGCAGGUUGCAAAAACCACAUCCUCAGUUAGCCUGAACUGGUAAACACUGGCACCUGGACCAGCAAGAUCUGAAUGGCCCAGGGGGACCAAAAUAUCCCUGGCCUCUAAAGGAGGUCCUUAAAGGUUACAGUUGAGGCGUACUUGCAGGGCAUGACAGCUGUCAUUACUUCUGCUGUACUUGUUAGGUAGAUACAGAGUAAAAGAAAAUCUGGAGGCUUGUUAAAAUGUAUUGGUGCUCCCCCCAUCUCCAUUCCUUGUCUUUUUCCCGUUCCAAGAAUGAGCCACUUGAGACUCUGAAUUUCUCUCUCAAUAGGAUCAUGGCAAAAGCUGGAGGAAAAGGAGUAAACCUGAAAGACAAACUUGAUGGCAAUGAAUUGGACUUGAGCCUGAGUGACCUGAAUGAGGUACCAGUCAAAGAACUGGCUGCCCUUCCAAAGGCUACCAUAUUGGAUUUGUCCUGUAACAACCUCACUUCCCUACCGUCGGACUUCUGCAGUUUGACCCACCUGGUGAAACUUGAUCUGAGUAAAAAUCAGCUUCAGCAACUCCCCUCAGACUUUGGUCGCCUGGUUAACUUGCAGCACCUGGAUCUCCUGAACAACCGAUUAGCCAUGCUACCAGUCAGUUUUGCACAGCUCAAGAAUCUGAAGUGGUUGGAUCUGAAGGACAACCCCUUGGAUCCUAUCCUGGCCAAAGUGGCAGGAGACUGCCUGGAUGAGAAGCAAUGUAAACAGGCCGCUAUCAGAGUGCUGCAGCAUAUGAAAGCUAUCCAGUCUGAGCAGGAUCGAGAGAGGCAACGAAGGCUACAAGCAGAGCGAGCAAUGGAGAAGAAGCGUGAAGCAGAGCAGCGAGCAAGGGAGGCUCAGGAGAGGGAACUGCGGAGGCGAGAGAAGGCAGAAGAGAAGGAACGCAGGAGACGGGAGUAUGAUGCACUAAGAGCGGCAAGGCAAGAGAUGGAAACACAAACAAAAAAAGAAAGCAGUGAGAUCCCAAAGCCUUCAUCAGUUUCUCAUCCAUCUCAGCUGCCCCGGCACAGGCGCUCCUGGUUCCAGGCAUUGUUGAAGCUGCUGCUCUUGAUAUUUCUGUGUGCCCUUAGUACUGUGGCUGUUUGUCGGGUGACGGAGCUGCAGCGCCAGUCUCUGUGCAUCAGCGUGAACGCUCUCUAUGAGGAUGUGGUAACUGCUCUGAAAAGCCACAAAAUUGUGCAAAAUGUAUUACAUCAGAACUCGCAGCAAUGAUGCUGCUACCUGGACAUGCGCAUUGUCAGCAUCUCUUGCCACCAUCGACACAGCCAGAAUUCCUAUGGAAUUGUGUUCCGGUGAAACUGCCUUUAAUCAGUCAGCACUGGAUUUGCUGGUCCAUUCAGAACAGAGCAGAACUACUGCUUAGAUCAUUUUUGUUGUGCUUGUGUCUCAGCUGGUCUGCAACUCCUGUUGUUUGCUAACAUUAAAUUAGAACAUGUUAAGACUCUCCCUCACGCAUGGAACAGGAGGUUGCCAGUCAACAGAGGAGUGAGGAAAGCUAUAACCCACCUGGGUAACUAUGGCCCUGUAAGGAGGUGGAGUAUAUCCAUCUUCUUGCUGACACUUGCAGGAAGGUUCAUGCAAACCUUUGGUAAAAUCAGUGGUGGUGUGGCUGUAUGGUAUAGAAAUAUACAUAAGCCCAUUCCAGGACCCAUUAGAAGUAUGUAGGAUGGCUGUGUAUUGAUACAUCAGGGUGGCGGAGUGAUGAAAUGCUAUUGAAAUAAGAAUUGUCAGCUUUGUCAAUAUAACAGUUUUCGCAGCAGUUUGGUGUCUGAUUCUGAGCUGGAUAUUUACAUUGUUUACACACAUUUGUACAGUGCCUCAGUUUUGAUUAGGAGCUUGCAUGCUAACAUAUUUUACUAUUACGCCAUAGUGCGACCACUAACCUGAGCAAGCUAGUGUCAAAACAGCUAUUCCGAGGAAAGACUUGGCAGCCAUGCAGACUGGUUUUCCCCGAGUGAGAGCUGGAGCAGGCUCCAGAAGGAUUGUUGAAAGAUGACAGCGGUGCUACAGCUAGCCCCAUCAAAAUAGAAUCUUUCACCUCCAAUCUAUGUUAGGGACAGUAUUAGUUAGUGGGUGACACUAGGAUACAGUAUCAUUAAGACACCUGGGCAGAACCCAUCAUAUAGUAGAGGCCAUUCUCCAUAAAGUGUCUCAAACUGGCCAGCUUCACAUU